UGUCGCUGUAUGUGGCUCAAGAGAGCCAUUGCGCUGCGGCAUGCUUGAGUCCGCUAGGGAUGAGGAGGGUCAAGCGGCUCUGUUGAAGCGGGUGGGACUCUCCGUGCUCCACAGCAACACAAGCUACUGGGAGCGCAGCAGGGAGGAGGCCAGCGAGGCGGAGCAGCAGCUGGAGCAGCUGCGCCGCGAGGCGAAGCUGCGGGCGGCCCGCUGCGAGGGUCAGCUGGAGACCUUGGCCCGUGAUGCGCGAGAAGAGCAGGAGCGACGGCUGAUUUCGGAUCGGAUUGGCCGGGAGCUGGAGGCGCUGCGCUCAGAGCUGCGGCAGAAGGAGGCGGCGGAGGAGGAGCGCUUGCGCCACUUGUACCGCAGCGUCUUGGGACCAGAGUCGGUUUCUCACCCGGCGCCGACAGCGCCCUGGCACAGGGAGCCUGAUCUUUCAUUGGGCAUCAAGGAGCCGGACUGGGGCAGGUUGAAGAUGUCCCCUGUGCCGCCGUUGAUUCUUUCGGAAGCCAAGUUGCUGGACGAUCCAUUGGACUCUUCCUAUGGGAGAGAGGAUUUGAAAGGCGACAUCCGCCUCAAGGCGGGUGCCCAGGAACAACCGGAAAGAAUCCGAGUGCCACGUCUCACCCCAGGCCGCAAAGACAUGCGAGAUGCCGACAAGCUGCUGCGGGUAAACCUGGCACGACUUGAGCGUCUCGAGCGGUUUGGCCUUUGAUCUGUGCCGCAACUUGCACGCGCCGUGAACUCUUUGGCAGCGUUGCCGUGAUUGCCUGAAUGGGCCAACCUGUGAUUAGGCUCUGAAUGCAGACAUGCAAGAUUCGGGCCGGUGACUG